CAUGCAAAUAUCUAUAAUAAUAAUUAAUAGUUUUAAUUGCUUUUUAAAAUGAAAUAUUGCUGUAAUGGUUCUUAUCUUAUUGCACUGAAAUGGUUCUGUGAUGUUGCAAUUUUACCGUGAAGGACUCAUACGAUUGUAUGUAAAAAUAUUCAGCAGCGUCAUCUACUGUUUAUGUGCAGUAAACACAUUAUCCUUGAUUUAGGAUAGGUGGCAUUACAUUUUGCAUGAAAGAUGCUUUUGUUUGGUGUUUUUUAAGUUGUUUCAGUGAUUUGAACUAAUUUGUUUAGUGGUUAAAAUUGCGUUUAAAAUAUUUGUGUAUUUCUUGAUAAAUAGACCGCAAAUAUUGGAUUAAAAUUGUGGUUAGCAACAUAAAGGAAAAAUGUCCAAAAAAAUGUCUCGUUAUCCUAGUGACCGCAAGGUUUAUGUGGGUGAUUUGGGCAGUAAUGCCAAAAAAAAUGAUUUAGAAUAUGCAUUCCGGGCUUAUGGAAUUUUACGCAGCAUAUGGAUAGCACGAAAUCCACCUGGAUUUGCAUUUGUUGAAUUUGAAGAUGCUCAGGAUGCUGCUGACGCUGUGCGUGGUUUGGAUGGCAGAACACUGUGCGGUCGUCGUGCACGAGUGGAAUUAUCUACCGGUAAAUAUAGCAAUGGCGGUCGUGGUGGUCAAAGACGCAAUUAUAAUGCGGAUGAAAAAUGUUACGAAUGUGGCGGCAGAGGACAUUAUGCCAGAGAAUGCCGUCGUCGCGCACGUCGCAGAAGCGAAUCACGCAGUCGUUCACAUUCGACUGCAUCACGCGAUGGCAAGUCUACAUCACGCGAGCGCCAUUCGCGUUCACGUAGUGACAGUCAGUCUAGUUCUCUACCAAAAGAGUCACGAAAUACACGCGACGUGCAUCUAAAAUUUAACGAACGUGGACAAUAUGAAAAUGGACAGUCUAUCUCCAAUCGUUACAAUGACAAUGAAUGCAAUAGUCGCGAUGAUUCUUCAAGCUAUACAAAGAAAAAACGCUACGAUAUGUCUUCUAUAUCACCAACGCGCAACAGUAGCCAAAUGAAUCGACGUGGAGGAUCAUCAUUUUCGCGAUCUGAUACAUCAAGGGACUAACAGAUAAUCGAUUAAAUUCAAAUACAUUUAUUAUACGUUGAAUGCGUAAGGUAUAAUUAAUAAAUAGUAAUUAUUACCCAAAAUUAUAAAGAGAAACAUUAUUAUAAUCAGGGUUAAUAGCUAAAGAGUAUCUAUUAAUGAAAAUAAUAUUAAUAAAGAAAUUCCCUAAAACUAUCUAAAACUAAAACUAUUU